CCGACUCAACCUCCGCAGAGACGGCGGCGGGACCCGCAGUUUGCGCGUGCGCGGCUCCGCCCCAGGCUCCUCCCUCGCGCUGGCACUCCCGCCUUCGCCCGGCCCUCCCCGCGCUUUACGGCCCGGCACGCCACUUUUACUGCAGUCGCUCCCGCCGCCGUCGUUGCCCCCGCCGCCGCGGCUGCUGCAGCUCGGGUCCCUUCUGCGCUGCCGCAGGGAGGCCGCCCGGGCCAGGCGAGCCGAACCAAUGCUGGACCUGGAGGUAGUGCCCGAACGCUCUCUGGGGAACGAGCAAUGGGAAUUUACGCUGGGAAUGCCUCUGGCUCAGGCAGUAGCCAUUCUUCAGAAGCACUGUCGCAUCAUCAAAAAUGUCCAGGUUCUCUACAGUGAACAGUCUCCUCUAAGCCAUGACCUCAUUCUUAACCUGACUCAGGACGGGAUCAAACUAAUGUUUGAUGCUUUCAAUCAGAGACUUAAGGUGAUCGAAGUAUAUGAUUUGACUAAAGUAAAGUUAAAAUAUUGUGGCGUGCAUUUUAAUUCUCAGGCCAUAGCUCCUACCAUUGAACAGAUUGACCAGUCUUUUGGCGCAACCCAUCCUGGAGUGUACAACUCCGCUGAGCAGCUCUUCCAUCUCAACUUCAGAGGACUGUCUUUCUCUUUUCAGUUAGACUCAUGGACUGAGGCUCCAAAGUAUGAGCCCAAUUUUGCCCAUGGCCUGGCUUCUCUCCAGAUACCCCAUGGAGCAACUGUAAAACGAAUGUACAUCUACAGUGGCAACAGCCUGCAGGAUACCAAGGCUCCCAUGAUGCCUCUGAGCUGUUUCCUGGGCAAUGUCUAUGCUGAGAGUGUAGAUGUUCUUCGAGAUGGAACUGGACCUGCAGGUUUACGACUUCGCCUACUUGCUGCAGGUUGUGGACCUGGCCUAUUAGCAGAUGCCAAGAUGCGGGUAUUUGAACGUUCAGUGUAUUUUGGUGAUUCCUGCCAAGAUGUUCUUAGCAUGCUUGGCUCUCCACACAAAAUCUUCUAUAAAUCAGAAGACAAGAUGAAAAUUCAUUCUCCUUCCCCUCAUAAACAAGUUCCAUCGAAGUGUAAUGACUACUUUUUUAACUACUUCACUCUUGGAGUGGACAUCCUCUUUGAUGCGAAUACACACAAAGUGAAGAAGUUUGUUCUACACACCAAUUACCCUGGGCAUUAUAAUUUCAACAUUUAUCAUCGCUGUGAGUUCAAGAUCCCACUAGCCAUAAAGAAAGAAAACGCAGAUGGUCAAACAGAAACAUGCACGACCUACAGCAAGUGGGACAACAUCCAGGAGCUCCUGGGCCACCCUGUGGAGAAGCCUGUUGUCCUGCACAGGUCUUCCUCCCCAAACAACACCAACCCAUUUGGUUCCACAUUCUGCUUUGGUCUUCAGCGAAUGAUCUUUGAGGUCAUGCAGAACAACCACAUUGCCUCGGUGACCCUGUAUGGCCCCCCUAGGCCUGGUAGCCACCUGAGAACAGCGGAGCUCCCCUAGGGACACCACCACCCAGGCCCCUCUGUCCCGUGGAACUGUGCAUCACAUCCUGCUUAGUGGGCCUCUGUACCACCCUGUGGGUUUUCUUGGACACCUGGCCAGUGUUGAAGGGCUGUUGUGAUGUUCUGAGGUUGGGCUCAGGCUGGGUGCUCUGCCAUGGGCUGAGUGGCCCAGAUAUUCUUCUGUUCAUCUUUGGCCUGCUGGUGCCAGCAGGGGACACAGACUGCAAAGAGAAGCACAAAGUUUGAGCCUUGAUUCCUGGACCCAGGAGCUCUCAACUAACAAGGAGGCAGGAGAGGUCAACCCUUGUCCCAUGCACAUUGGGAAGACUUGGGGCUCUUUCUGUGACUGAGGACACAGGCACCCAGGAUAAGGACAAGGUCCUGCCUUUGGCUCCACAUUGCCACAUGACCCUUAAGGCAAGCAGGUAGCGUGUCCAUAGUACUUGGUUGCGACAUUUGCACUACAUCCACUUUAGUUACUUGAUGAGCUGGCUGUGGCCAGGGUGGCCCACCUGCCCUUCCCUGUUCCUUUCUUGCACGCGCUCCCUGCCUGGGCACACCAAACUGGUUGAAACACAGCUUUCUACCAUCCAGGUACAUGCCCAGGCCUGGUUCUCACCCCUGUUGGAGUCAGCUUUCAAGAUUGCCUGUGCCCCUGCUCUGCCCCAUCCUGGCUGGCAGGGCUGCAUGUUUCCAUCCUGUUUGCCUCUUUUAUUUAAUGCCAAAGUUUUAGCCAAAGACAUCUUCCUACUUUUGUUGUGUUUCAGCAUUCUGUUCUGCACUGUGGGCUGGCUGUCUGCCCCAACCCUGGGCACUGGCCCCUGGCUGGGCCAUUUCAUGGCUCAAAGCCUCUGGGGGCUCAAGGAAGGCUGGGCUGCUCAGUCCCUUCAUGGGUCUUGCUAAUGGAAAGUAGCAUAUAUGUGCUUUAAAAAUAUUAAUCCUUUUGAAAAGAAUUGAGAAGAGAAAUGUAUAAUUUUAUCCCAUUUUUAAUAUUUUGGUCUAGCAACUUGUGAUACAUAGAUGACAAUUUUGUGAGUUUUUCAAAUGUGUGUACAGAUUUUUGUAAAUAUGACUCUUUUGUAAUUAACUCAUGUACAGCCUCAUCCUGUAUAGUUUAAUGAUGAAUGUGCAGGGGACCUGUCUCAGGCUCCUAUAUGGUUCCUGGGCCUUAUAGCCAGGUUUGUGUGGCGCUCCCGACUUUUGUGACUGACUGGUGUCUUCCCAUUUGGACUGUGGCCUGGCCAGAGCCCCUUGCAUAUCCCCACUGUCAGGGGCAGCCAGGACUGUUCCCAUCCUCCUGGAAUGGGGGAACCUUCCUUAUCCCCUGCCCACAUCCCCUCUCCAAUAAAGCACCUGUGCCCUCAGCAAUGGCCUGCCAUGUGCUGUUGCUGGGAUGUUUGUACUAA